GCUCCCUUUUUGUUCUCCAUUAAAUAAGCAAGCGGCCUGACAAGAAGUGGAGGAAACUACAAUGAUGUUUCACAUAUUAUUGAGUAAACUAUUCAGUACUUCAACUAUUUAUAUCAUGGAUUUUGUAGUCACUUAAUAUUGCAUCUCUCUCUCUCUCUCUCAAAGAAGGAAGUUGUUUCUCAUCUUUUUCUUCGUCUUGAUCAUAAGAUAGAACGUGCAUAUACCAUGUUGAUAAGUCUGCAGCAAACAUCUACAAAAUAUGUGAAUUCCUCAUCUCAACGCAAAAGAAGGCAACGGACCAACACAGUGCUACACGAAGCUGCAUUAAAGGGCGAUUGGAAUGCCGUUGAAGAGCUUUUGACCAAAAACAAAGACUUGGCCAAAACCGCCAUAACAGAAGGAGGUGAAAUCAUACUGCACAUAGCAGCACUCGAAGGGCAUAAAAAAUUCGUGUCAAAAUUAUUGGAAAUUAUCGAAAUAGAUGACAUGGCAGCUCAGAACGCGAAAGGAUGCACUGCACUAUGCUUUGCAGCUGCAGCUGGUCACACUAAAAUUGCUGAGAUUAUGUUAAAAAAGCACCCAAAAUUGGCCAAUAUUAAGGGUGAAGAUGGAGUUUGGCCACUCUAUAUGGCUGCAUUGCAAGGAUUUGGAGAAAUGGCUGACUUUCUCUACCAUGAGUCAAAAAUCGGAUCGUGGACCCCACUAGAUAAAAUUAAUUUGUUGACGACAGCAAUCGACUCCGAAUUGUUUGAUCUGGCUAUAAAGAUUUUGGACGAAGAUAAUACGUUGGCCAUAGCAGAAGAUAGCAAUGGCGAGACACCAUUGCAAGUGCUUGCCAGGAAGCCAUUGACAUUUUCUCAUAACAAUGGCCAAGGAUUCUGGACCAAGAUUGUACAAUCCUACACGAAGAAGUCAAAGAAUGCAAAGUGUGAUGCCUAUACGUUAAUGGAUCGUUUGUGGGAUGCUGCUGAAUCAUGUAAAGAAGACAUUGAAUCAUGUGAAGAAGACAUAAAAGCAACUAUAGAUUCUUCCAAGUUAUUUUUUAUAGCGGCAGAAUCGGGAAACGAUGACUUCUUGGCCGAAUUAUUUCAAAACGACCAUAACUUACUAUACAAAGUAAAUAAGUCGUCACAUAGCAUAUUCCACGUUGCGGUUUUGCAUCGCUAUCCCAAAGUGUUCAACUUGAUGUAUGAGUUGGGUGGUACCAAAGAUUUGAUAGCAUCAUACAUAGAUAACGAUGGUAACAACAUUUUGCAUUUGGCGGGAAGAUUGGCUCCUCAAAAUCAACUUGAUAGCAUCCCCGGUGCCGCUAUGCAAAUGCAACGAGAAGUAUUGUGGUUCAAGGUCGUUGAGAAGCUUGUUCGGCCGGCGUUCAAAAACAAGAAAAACUCCGAAGGGAAAAUGCCUCACGAAUUAUUCACAUCUGAGCACAAAGAGCUAAGGAAAAAAGCAGAGGAAUUCAUGAAGCAAACCGCAAAAUCGUGCAUGCUCGUGACGAUGCUCGUCGCCACCGUUGUGUUCACGACGGCAUUCACCGUCCCCGGCAACAAUAGGAUACUCACGGUCUUUUCGACUUCAGAAGUGGUUGUGAUGUUCUCGUUGCUCACCUCGAUGCUCAUGUUCUUGUCAUUACUCACGUCUCGUUACUCGGACGAGGACUUCCUCAAAAAACUGCCACUUUGUCUGGCGGUUGGCUUGUCAUCGCUCUUCGUCUCGAUUUUGGCGAUGGAUGUCGCAUUCGUCACGUGGCUGCGGUUUUUCGAGCACGGGUGGCCAGCCAUGACACUGCUAUUGAUCUUCUUUGUGAGCGCGCCAAUGAUGUUUAUGGUGUUAGAAUUUCCUCUGUUGGUGUCUAUUCUACGUUGUACCUACCACUGCACGGGGUUGUUCCAGCCGUACAACCCGUUACGUUUCUAGUAUACAUAGUGCAGUGGCGAUGUGACGGUCGUCAGUGGUCGAAUUGUCGCACUGUGGGCUUGAUGUCAGAUCCAUUGACCGAAUUUAAUGGAGUUUGGGCUGGUAGUGCAGUUGAUGGACCGUUUGACAACACGUGGAUCUGCCAUUGGUACAAAUAAAAAUCUCUGUGUAUGUGUGUGUAUGUGUAUGUGUAUGUGUAUGUGUAUGUGUAUGUGUGUGUGCAAAACAAGAAUAUGUUGUACUCCUACUAUUUAGACCAUCAAAUUUGAUGCUUUGUUUUAA